UAAAUGUCGACUUUCAUUCACAUACACACCAGAAUGCAGCUCCAUUAGUUUAUCAAUUUAUUGAUAAAUAUCUAGUAAAUAGUAAAUCAAUUCAUAAGUGUUUGUGGGUGUGCCUGAACAAAGUUUGCUACGGUUUAUUUACAUUGCAUGUAAAUUUGUGUUUUUCCUUGUGAAUUGGCCAAUGAGAAAAGUGUGUUGUGUUGGCUUUCUGUGUGUGUAGGGAAGAUUUUACAAUGAUGAAAUGAAAAGUCGCGAAAAGACGUUCGAGGAGUUCAAUGUGUGAUCCAAAAUAACUCGAAUUAGAGGAAUUGAAACAUGUGCUUCGGGCUUUGGCCAGAAAACGUGGUUGAAGCAGUUUAGUUUUAUCAGUGGAGCCGGAUUUCCCGACGUCGCUCGUUCUUAGUAGAAAUUUCUUUCCUCUCUUCACAGAGACAGACAAAUUGCACAUCUUCGAAGCACGAAGAAAGGCUGAGCAUCAGGAGACGUUGUUGGCGUGAACGGAACGCAAAAGUAUAAGAGUUAUCCAAGAAGGGGGGAGAAGCAGUCCAUUAGAAUGCAGAAAAUGCCGCGAAAAGAGGAGCAGUCCCUGUUGGCGGGACAGAGAACAAAUGGAGGCGCAACAAUUGUUCCAAACGGCAGUUCAGAAGUCGAGAGAACACCAUUUAUCACGCAUAAUGAGCCAGUUCGUCUAACGCCCGCCUGGGAGGAGAGCAAUUUGCCAAACGAUGAAUUGAAUUUCAAAGGCAUGACUAUGGAACGCGCCACAAUGGAGAUAAAUCCGCCAAAUGACAGAUGUUAUUUAGUAUUUCUAACACUCGUUCUUCAUGGUAUUGGUACCUUAAUGCCUUGGAAUAUGUUUAUCACUGCCAAAUCGUAUUUUGUGUCUUAUAAGAUGUCAGAGAGCUACACUGGAAUGCAGUCAGACUAUGCUUCAAACUUCUUAGCAUAUUUAGGAUUUGCAGCGCAAAUUCCCAAUUUGCUCUUCAACUGGAUUAACAUUUUCAUAAAAGUUGGGGGCAAUUUGACGAGUCGCAUCGUUUGGAGUCUCUUCAUUGAAGUGAUCAUAUUUGUUCUAACUGUUGCCCUCGCCAUGAUUGACUCAUCGGCAUGGCCCGGUGCCUUCUUCUGGAUAACAAUGGUGUCUGUCGUUAUUCUGAACAUGGCUGGUGGUGUGUAUCAGAAUACCAUUUAUGGCAUAGCGGCGAAAUUGCCGAUAAAGUACACUGGAGCUGUAGUUCUCGGAUCAAAUAUCAGUGGCACUUUUACCGCCAUCAUCUCAAUAUUGAGUGAAAAUUUUGCAUCAUCCGUGCGAACUGCAGCAAUUUAUUACUUUAUCGCCGCAAUGUUUGUACUCUUGAUAUGCUUCGACACGUAUUUCGCUCUGCCGCUCAAUAAAUUCUACAGAUAUCACGAGAUGCUGAAGGAGAAGGAGUUUGAGAAGAGCAAGUCGUCUGGUGUGGAUGUGAAUGCACGACCGCCGUACUUUAAGAUCUUCAGACAAUGCUUCCCACAGCUCUUCAAUGUCUUUUUCGUCUUCUUCAUCACGCUGUCCGUCUUUCCGGCUGUUCACUCUGAUAUCAAGAUGAGUGACGAUGGAUUUAUCCUUCCCGAAAAGUAUUUUGUGAGCGUGACAUGUUUCCUCACAUUUAAUGUGUGCGCCAUGUUGGGCAGUCUGAUAACCUCUUGGAUUAAUUGGCCAAGCCCAAAGUAUCUCGUGUUGCCGGUGAUCUUGCGAGCUGUCUUCCUGCCCCUCUUCCUCUUCUGCAACUAUCAUCCGUUGAAAAUUGACAGAAUUCUGCCUGUCUACAUUACAAACGACUAUGUUUACUGGGGCAUUGCCAUUGUCAUGUCUUUCAGCUCGGGAUACUUGAGCUCCUUGGCGAUGAUGUACACAUCCAAAUAUGUAGAGCCACGAUAUGCGGUAACAGCUGGAAUGUUUGCCGCUGCUAUGUUGAUAACAGGAAUUUUCUCGGGGAUUCUCUUCUCAAUGGUAUUUCCUAUUCUUGUAGAGCAAUUCACAUGGUAAACAUAUUAAUGCAUGCUAUGAGAAAGUCCUUCAAUUGAGGGAGAGGAUAAGGAAAUUUUUUCACAUAAAUUGUUCAUAGUUUCGAGAAUGCUAAAUCUAAAGUGAGGAACAUUUGCGCUACAAUUUUAAAGUUAUAUAGAAAGUAAGAUUGUGCAAUGAUGAACAA